UUAGUCACGUGUUAUCUAACUUAUCCAUAAGUUUAAAAGUGGUGAAGUUCGAGUCUGCUCUGUACUUUUUGCCCUUUCAUUAUGGAGCCACCUAAGAAAACUAGGAUGCCAAAAGUGGCCAAAGUCAAGAACAAGAUGCCAGCAGAAGUACAGAUUACGGCAGAACAACUACUGCAAGAAGCUAAUGCUCAGAAAAUAGAAAGAGUAGCUAGACGUCCCAGACAGAAAGUGGCUGACCCUGAAGAAUUAGCACAAUUACAGUUAACCAGAAGGAAAAUGUUUGAGGACAAUAUUAGGAAAAACCGUACUGUCAUGUCCAACUGGAUCAAAUAUGCUCAAUGGGAGCAAACACAGCAAGAAUAUGAGAGAGCACGCUCUAUCUACGAACGCGCCUUUGAUGUUGAUCAUCGCUGUAUCACCUUAUGGCUGAAGUACGCCGAGAUGGAAAUGAAGAAUAAGCAGAUUAAUCAUGCACGAAACAUAUGGGACAGAGCAGUCACCCUUUUACCUCGUAUCAAUCAAUUUUGGUUUAAGUAUGCGUACAUGGAGGAGAUGCUGGGAAACAUACCAAACGCAAGAAGAGUUUUUGAAAGAUGGAUGGAAUGGGAACCAGAGGAACAGGCAUGGCUUUCAUAUAUUAAAAUGGAGCUUCGUUAUAAGGAGGUUGAUAAGGCACGAUCAAUUUAUGAAAGAUUCAUUUUGAUUCAUCCAGAAACAAAGAAUUGGAUUCGUUACGCUAGGUUUGAAGAAAGUCAGGGUUUUAUUGAUAAUGCGAGGAAUAUUUUUGAAAGGGCUACUGAAUUCUUUGGAGAUGAAGGUUUGGAUGAAAAGUUAUAUAUAGCCUUUGCCCGAUUUGAAGAAAGCUGUCAAGAAUACGAGCGCUCACGUACCAUAUUUAAGUAUGCACUGGAUAAAAUUCCUAAACCACAGGCUGUCGAUUUAUUCAAAGCUUAUACCCACUUUGAAAAGAAGUAUGGAGACAGAAUUGGCAUUGAAGAUGUAGUGAUCAAUAAGCGUAAGUUUCAGUAUGAAGACGAGGUUAAAGCUAAUCCAAAUAAUUAUGAUGCAUGGUUUGAUUACAUACGAUUAUUGGAAUCUAAUGCAAGCCUGGAGUCAACAAGAGAUUUAUAUGAGCGUGCAAUUGCCAAUGUACCUCCACUUCAAGAGAAGACAUAUUGGCAGCGUUACAUCUAUUUAUGGAUUAAUUAUGCACUUUAUGAAGAGUUAGUUGCCAAUGAUAUUGAUCGAACUCGAGAAGUCUAUAAGUCUUGUCUAAAUAUUAUUCCUCACUCUCAAUUCACUUUUGCUAAAGUGUGGCUGCUGUAUGCCCAAUUUGAAAUUCGACAGAAAGAGUUGGCUACUGCAAGGAAAGUCUUGGGGACAGCCAUUGGUAAAUGUCCAAAGCCGAAGCUCUUCAAGGGUUACAUAGAGUUAGAGCUUCAAUUGCGUGAGUUUGAUCGUUGUCGUAAGAUAUAUGAGAAGUAUUUGGAAUAUGAUCCUGGCAAUUCGAUUACAUGGAUAAAGUAUGCAGAGUUAGAGGCCAUAUUGGGAGAUGUGGAACGUUCUCGAGCUAUUUAUAACUUGGCUAUUAAUCAACCACUGAUGGACAUGCCUGAAGUAUUGUGGAAAUCAUUUAUUGACUUUGAAACAGAGCAAGGAGAAUAUGAUUUUACACGGGAUCUGUACAGUCGUCUCCUGGAGCGAACACAGCAUGUAAAAGUGUGGUUAAGUUUUGCCAAGUUUGAAGCUUCCUUGGUUUCUGAAGAUGCAGCGAAAAACUCGCGUAGUGUUUAUAGCCGUGCUGAUGAGGCGAUGAAACUGACAAACUCCAGAGAUGAGAGAGUAAUGCUAUUAGAAGCUUGGCUGGAAUUUGAGCGUGAAUCUGGAGAUGAAGAAAGUUUAGAAAAGGUGAAACAGAAGCUACCAAAGAAAGUAAAGAAGAGACGCAAGGUUUAUCGAGAUGAUGGCUCUGAAGGAGGUUGGGAAGAAUAUUGGGACUAUGUAUUCCCUGAUGAUUCUUCAGCCUCUUCUAACUUGAGACUUCUUCAAAUGGCUCGAUUGUGGAAACAGAAGGGGCAAUCUGACACUGAAUCAGAAGAUGAAGAUGAGGAUGAUGAUGAGACAUGAUGCUCUAGACUUUGUCAGUGAUUAAUUAUUACUGUCAUAAGACAUGAUACAGUAAAAUAAUUAUUAUUGUAAGACAUUACUAUGCUAUGCAUGAUUAUUAAUUAAUUUUUAAUAAGAUGUUAUAGGUCCACGUGACAGGGAGGGUUGAAUUUA